GCGCACACACACACACACGCACGAGCGCAGCGGGAUGUAACAGCUGCUCGCGCGUUUGCGUUUAUUCAUCUUCCACGCACGUUAGUAGGCUGCGUCAGUUUAUUCGCACGCUUCUGGAUCUUUAAACCCGCGGAAGCGCACGGAAAACGCGCUAAUCCGGAUUUAAAAGCGAACUCCCCCGUUAGUUCCCCCGGGAUCCGGUCUCAGAGGAGGAGGAUGAUGAUGUCCGAGGAAGAGGUUCUGAUCCCGGAUGACCGCGCUUUUAGCCGGUUUAAACACGAGUGUGAGUCCGAGGAAGACUGGAGUCUCACCUACAACAAGAACAGCAUCUGCGUCUGGAUCCAGGUGCUGCAGGAGGAGAGGAGCUUGCACAGGAUCAAGUGUCGAAUGCUGUGUAAGGACAUCCCAGCUGAGACCAUGUACGACGUGCUCCACGACAUCGAGUAUCGGCGAAAGUGGGACACAAAUGUCAUCGAGACGUUUGAUAUCGGCAAACUGACAGUCAACGCAGAUGUGGGCUAUUACUCCUGGAAGUGUCCUAAACCGCUGAAGAACCGUGAUGUCAUCACCCUGCGCUCCUGGCUGCCGAUGGGCAACGAUUACAUCAUCAUGAACUACUCCGUCAAACACGCUAAAUAUCCUCCUAAGAAAGAUCUGGUGCGAGCCGUUUCCAUCCAGACGGGAUACCUGAUCCAACGCACCGGCCCCACCAGCUGCACCUUAACAUACCUGGCACAGGCUACACCCUCAGGUUCUCUUCCCAAGUGGGUUGUUAACAAGUCUUCCCAGUUCUUGGCUCCUAAAGCGAUGAAGCGCAUCAGUAAAGCGUGUCUUCGUUAUCCCGAGUGGAAGCAGAAGCACAGUCCGGGUUUUAAGCCGUGGUUAUUCCCGGAGCAGAACCCACUGUCCAGCAUCCCGCUGUCCGAACUCUCCAUCCAACACGCCGAAUCUCUGGAGAACAUCGACGAGAGCUCACUCAACGAGAGCAAAGACGAGCGCGCCGAGCACAGCGACGACGAGGGGAACAACUGACACACACACACACACAGCCCAAUGAAGUGCUAAAUACAGAUUAUGACUAAUUUGGUUACACUGAUGUAAAUGAUUUUGAGUUAUGAUUAUGAUUUCUGACCCCUGACCUUAUGUAUGCAUGCAGUUUGUCUCCAGACACACAGAGGGUGCCGAUGUUGAUAUGCUGUACGACACUAGAGUUCAAUGAAUGAAUGAAUGUAGUACCGAAGAAUUAAAAACCAAUUACUGCCUGUG